UGUGUUGCCAAAGGGACGGGAGUAAAAUGUCCUUCAUAUAAACCAGACAUAAACGAGCAGCAGCCCCAGCCGGCACGAGAGCGAGUGACAGGAGCCUCUUUCUCAGGAAACCGUUUGUGUGAGGAAAAAACAUUUGGAAGUAAUCCAGUGGAGAAUAUUUUCCGACAAACAGCAGACAUGAUCAUCCUCUUGCUCGCUCGUCUGUUGAUAUGCGCCUAUUGGACAACUGCGCUAAUUAUUGGAGUCAGCUCAGAUGGGCUGUGUCUUCAAGAUGGAAAGCACAAGGCCACGCCCAGCCCAGAGCCUCACCUGAGGGAGUGUAGGCUCUAUGCCGACAAUAGUUGCUGCACACAGGAAGACAUCCAGGACAUCUCCCAUUCUUUUUCUGCCAACAAUCAGAAUGAACCGUGGGACAAGUGUGGGCCACUAAAUCCUGCGUGUGAAGGCUUCCUGAAGCGUGUGUCAUGUUUCUACAGCUGCUCCCCAGAUGCCGCCCGCUGGCCUCAUCCCCAUCGCCACUCUUACAUCCAGGCUGUGCCUCUCUGCUACAGCUUCUGCCACGAUUGGUUUGAUGCCUGCAGAACAGACCUGACAUGUGCCCGUAAUUGGGCCAUAGACCCAAGAGGAGGCAACUGCACUGGAACCUGUGUUCAGUAUCAGCAGAUGUAUCAACAUGGCAGAGAUCUGUGUGAAAGCCUGUGGGGUGACGCCUUCAUGAUUGUUGAAGAUGCAUCUGAGGAGGCUGGAGGUGCUGGAGCAAAUGGCAGCCCCGGCGGUGGUCACCCUUGUGGCUGCCUGACCCUCAGUCCCUCUGACAAGGAUGUGAUCUCUGCCCUCCGGGCCCACCAGGACGACCCGGAGGAGCUGGAUACCACCAAGACUGGGCUGCCUCCGUAUCUGUCUCCUUGCCAGACCAAGCUGCCCCCACAGACGGGGAGCGGCAGGAAGGGGAACUCUGUCCUGCGCAAGCGUUCAGUCAUAUUGGACGACGGGGAGGGGAGUGGAAGUGGCUUGUAGAGAAUCAUAUUCAGUAAAUGUAUUUAGAAAUAAUUGUCUAGCUCUUAUUAAACCAUGUAUUGAAGUGGAGUUUUACCUCAUUCCUUUCGCUAACUUUUCCAGCUGUCGUUAUCAUACUUCUAGCAUGAUGAGAUGACAUUUCAUGAAUGUUGCUUAUGAAAUAUUAACUGCAUGGGUGUUUUGUCUCCAAAUUACAUGGCAAAGCUUAAUUUGCUCAGUAAUUGGGCAGUUUUUGCAAAGUGCAUCAUGAACUUUGACAUUAGGAACUCGAAUGACAAUACAAUAAUAAUGACAUCUGUUUGAAUCUGUGCUCUAGUCAGUUUUUCCAAGCAAGUUCUUGUUGUGAUACCAUAUUGUGGAGUGUGCUUGUCAUGAAGUAUUUUAAAGAGAAAAGGUCCACAGCAAGUAAGGGUUAUAAUGCAUGUAAGUGUUUGGGAUGGGAAGGGUGUGGUAUGAUAAUGACACUGGAAAGGUAUGCUUUGUACCUGGAGGAAGGUUUAUUCAGAAAUAAAAUCUGCUCAGAAGUUAUAGACUAAAUCCACAGAGAGUGCGACAUAGUGAAUGUUUCUAUUCUGAUUAUAUUAUAUAGCGCCAUUUUGCGGUAAGAUUAGAUGUAAAUGUUUUUUAAAGGGAAAGUUUUUGUGUGGUUAUCGUCAUGUUCUCAAUAAAGAAAACCUUCUAUUCGUCA